AUGGAAGAUGCAGUUAGCGAAUACAAUAUAUACAAAAAGGAAAAAGAUAAAAAUAUAAUUUACAAAAAAGAAAGAAAAUGUUGUAUUUGCAUGGUGAGUGAUUUUUUUUAUCCAAAUUUGGGAGGAAUAGAAACUCACAUUUUUGAAUUGUCUAAGAAUUUGAUAAAAAAGGGUUUCAAAGUUAUAGUUGUAACAAAUUUUAAUAAUAAUAGGCAUGGUAUAAGAUGGAUGGGUAACGGUAUUAAGGUUUAUUAUUUGCCCUUCCAGCCUUUUUUAGAUGUAGUGAGUUUUCCAAAUAUUAUAGGGACUUUACCACUAUGUAGAAAUAUAUUAUAUAGGGAAAAGGUGGACAUAGUACAUGGUCACCAGGCUACGUCUGCAUUAGCUCAUCAAUUCAUUCUUCAUGCCAAAACGUUAGGAAUAAAAACCAUUUAUACAGACCACUCCUUAUAUAGUUUUUCAGACAAAGGAUGCAUCCAUGUAAACAAAUUAUUGAAAUAUUGUAUAAAUGAUGUUGAUCAUUCUAUAUGUGUUUCACAUACGAAUAGAGAAAAUUUAGUUUUGAGAACAGAAAGUAAUCCAUAUAAAACAUCUGUUAUAGGAAAUGCCCUUGAUACUACAAAAUUUGUUCCUUGUAUUAGUAAAAGACCAAAGUUUCCAAGAAUAAAUAUUAUUGUUAUAAGUAGGUUAACAUAUAGGAAAGGUAUAGAUUUGAUAGUUAAGGUAAUACCAUUAGUAUGUCAAAAAUAUCCAUUCAUAAAAUUUAUUAUAGGAGGAGAAGGUCCUAAAAGAUUGUUAUUAGAAGAAAUGAGAGAAAAGUAUCACUUACAUAAUUCGGUUGUAUUAUUAGGAAAAGUAAAACAAGAAAAUGUAAAAAAUGUUUUACAAACUGGUCAUAUAUUUUUAAAUACAUCAUUAACAGAAGCUUUCUGUAUUGCUAUAAUUGAAGCAGCUAGUUGUGGUUUGCUUGUCAUAUCAACGGAUGUAGGUGGAAUAUCUGAAGUCUUACCACGUGAUAUGAUGAUUUUAGCUAAACCCAAUCAUAUCGAAUUAUGUAAAGCAGUCGAUAAAGCAUUAAAAAUUGUACAAAAGGUCGACUCGAAUUUAUUUCACCAAAGGCUAACCAAAAUGUACUCUUGGGAAAAAGUAGCUGAAAAGACGGAAAAGGUGUAUAUGAAAGUAUUAAAUUACGCAAAUCCAAGCUUGUUUAAUAGGAUAAGAAAAAUAUACGAAAUUAAUACAGUUUUUAGUAUAAUUUACAUAUUCAUAAUUAUGAUAAGUUAUAUUGGAUGUCAAAUAUUAGAAUGGCUCAUGCCAAGACAAAACAUUGAAGAGGUCGUUAGCUUUCCUCAUUUUUAUGAUGACGAAAAUAAAAAUGAAAAAUAA